GAGAAAGAAAUUACAAAUAAUCAAAGGUGAGUCAAAAUUUUAACAAUUUAUGCAGAUUAUAGGCUAUUACGUACGGUUCAUGUUAUAACAAGAAAAUCUUAUUUAAACAUCAUUGUUACAGGUAGUUCACCGUUGUGGAAACCUUUUUGGGUAUAGAUUCUUCCAAAUAUAUCUUUUUCUUUUUAUUAAUUGCUCUUUAUCAAUCAAUCAUUUAUUAAUUUUUUUCACUAUGAUGGUAGUAAUAAUAAUACAAUAAAUAUACUGUACACAGGGCCAUAACUAGACACAAUAAUUGGGGGGCAAUAUUCAUAUAAAUCAUGUUCACAUACCGUAAAAACAAUCGCUUUCAAAAGAAAUCCGUCAGGCAGAACAUGAGUAUAUAUGAAUAUUCACUCCAAUUAUCGUGUCUAGUUACUGCCCUAACUGUAUGUACACUUAAUACGUACGCAAAUAGCAAAUGCUAAUCAAGGCAAAUAGUGUAAAAAAAUUAUGAAUUGGUAGAAUAUAGUCCAAAUUAGAUGAAUACAAAUUCCAGUGCACAACAUGCAAGUUUCUCAUUGCCAUGUAUGAGUCUGAGGAUAUUGCAUACCAAUAUUUCUGAAUAUUGCAAUAAUUAGUUAUAAUUUAUAUAAAUAAUACAUAAAGUAACAUGAUUGUGUGAUAAAUUAUAUUUUUAUGGGUCAUUAAUUUAAUUGUCGUAGCUAGAUGUAUCAACAUAAUCAUCCUCGAACUCGCCAAAACAGGAAAAAGUGACUUUUGAAUUAUUUUAUUAAAGGUCUUUUGAAUCCCUAGAUUACCAUACGUAUCUCAAUCGAUCAGGGCAAAUAAUAUUAUAUAUUCUUGCUCCAAGUUUAGCAGCUAGGAUAAGUUUCAUGUAUGUGUUUGUAUACUUCCUUUGAAUAAAUAAAAUCAGAGAUCAUGGUGCUUCGAGUGCAUGGUAUUGUGUGAGAUAUCAUACUUCCUAAAGACAGUAUAAUUUAACUAUAAAGCCCAUGACCAUGGUGUAUAUAAUUCCUGAUUGCCAUGCAAAUAGGGUUGCAAAAGGUACAGACAAAUGAAUAUUUAUUUAUUAUUUGAAUUGAAUUCAAUAAAUUAGCAAAGACAAAGUCAAUUUUGCAAUCAAUGAUUAGGGCCAUUUAUACGGGACAAAAUAAGUCGCGACUUACAUAAGACGCGUCUUAUAUAAGCAGAGUUAUCGCAUAAAUGGUUCUCUACUGCUUAUUCUUAUUUACUUGCAAUAGCUAUAAUGUUGUUUCGGUUGUUUUUGUUUUAAUAUGCAAGGCUAAUAAUUUUACGUUGUUUCAAGUUUCGGGCAUGUGUAGUUAGAAUUUUUGUCCAAAAUUUCUUAUUUAAGACGCAACGUAAAUAAGAACAGCUAAAAGUCCUAGCUGUUCUUAUUUAAGUCGCGUCUUAUCCAAGACGCGUCUUACAUAUUAAGAAUUUUGUGCCUUUUAUACGACAAACUCGCGUCUUAUUUAAGUCGCGUCUUAUGUAAGUCGCGUCUUAUGUAAGUCGCGUCUUAUGUAAGUCGCGUCUUAUUUUGUCCCGUAUAAAUGGCCCUAUUGUUUAACCCUGUUCCAUACUGAUUUUAUUCAUCAAGGUGAGAGUGCUGGCACUGAAUGGGUUAAUCAGACUAUAGCUGCCUGUGUCUAGUCAGAGGUGUAACUUAGCACUUGCCCGCAUGCCUGGAGCAAGUAAAUAUCAUGUUGGGCAAGUAAACGUUUUAUCUUGGGGAUUCUUGCUUGUCCGAUUGGGCAAGUUGCCUUGCCACAAAAAGCUGGGCAUCUUUAAGUUUAUGUUUUCAUUGUCGGAUAAUUUUUUAUAGUGCAUGUACUUGUUUAAAAUUUUGUUUUUUUGUGGGCCAAAGCUAGAUCUGAGGCAGUAUAACAUAGCCAUAUAGAGCAAUGGGAGAACGGGUUAACAUGUUGACCUACUGUACCUAGCCCUAGGUACCCUAGCCAGUGACCAUUUUCUGAUGGCAAGUGAAUUUUAUUCCGGGCAACUAAUUUUCAUGUCCAACUUGCCCCCUGAGGGCAAGUGUUCAAAAAGACAGUUACACCACUGGUCAUGAAGCGCAAGAAGCCUUCACAAGUAUUUUAUUCCUUGGAAUUGCUGUCUGCUCUGACGCUUAACUGCUCAAAUAAAAGCAGAAAAUGAAAAUAUAUUUCAAAUUAUUUUUGCCUUAACAUACCCAUAACAAAGUUAUGCAUUCCAUUCAACCCUAAAUUUUUAUAAAAUUAGCAUCUCAAUAACUUGUUUUCGUCAUUAAGCAAAAGAUAGUUGCGUCGUGCCAUUAGUUCAGCGUGGAUUAUAACGUUUUUGCUUAGGUCUGACAAAUGUCCGAUUAACGAGACUGUUGCUCGGACAUUGGCCAAGAAUGAUCAGCCAACUAUUUCAACCAUUUUUACGUGACAGUGCUACAGAUCGACGUACCAUUAUUGAUUGCACAUUUGCAUGCAGAAAAAAGCUUGGCGUACGCCAACUAGCAACGUCCUCCCCACCUUCACUUUGUUUGUGUUUCUUUAGGAAAUAAAGGUAUUUACUAAUAUAUAGCUAGGCCUACGGCUUAUAGAAAUUAAACAUAUUUUUGUAAGCAGUAAGUAUUGUAAACGCCGCCGGCUAUGGACUGUAACUAUCGAGAUUCGGUCACUUGAGAGAGUAUUUGCUAAAAGAGAAGCUCAAUGACAAUGUUUCCUCUGAGUGAUUUUUUCAUCCAAAUAUUUAUUGAUUGCAUGGUAUCGUAGGCAUAGUUAGAUGCUUUUCAAACAGUACUUUUCACAUAAACUACCUUCAAUCUAAAUGAACAGUGUGGUGUAUUUUAUUUGAUCGGACAAAAUGUCCGUGCAGAAUGAAAUUGAUCGGCCAUUUGGUGUUUUUGUUCGGCAAAUAGCCGAUUGCCGACCGUUAUAAUCCACACUGCAUUAGUUAUCGUAAUUUUAAUUAAACUGACGCCUAAAUUUCCGUGCACAUGAUUCAACUCGUUUCUUAUAGAAAUCAACGUUAAUUUAAAGCACAAGUACGUAGGUUAGAACGAUAAGAAUUAUGAUUACAGUGUUGGGACCACAGUAUGUACUUUUCAUAUGUGAACUUAUAGAUUUUGCCAUGCAGACAGAAAAAGAUUUUAAGACUCUCAGAAUUAUUAGUGAUUGCAUUUUCUAAAUUGAGGAGUACUAGAGAUCAGGGGGUGUAUAUUCUUCUAUGACACCCCCCCCCCCCCUGGGGUGAGGGAAAAGAAUCAAAGGGUCUUAGGGCUAGGGACGAAAAUCAAAGAAGAGUAGAAAAAAUGGAAAGGCAGAGGGAAAAGAAGAGAAAAAUUUCCGUGGGUUUUUUAAGUUUAGAUAUAGGUAAUGAAAACCAUAUUGGUGUCCUAGUAAUAAAUUUAUGCCACAAUAGUCCCUAAAUGUUAGAUAAAAAAUGUAGCGUGAAAUAUGAUAGUGUGAUGGCCUCGUGUUGUUCGCACAAUGUAUGCUUGUGAAAAAAUGUUGUAUUUAAUAAAACUGAGAAUAAAAGAUAAAAAACUCACUUGUAUAUGUAUAAAUGUGAACCUAAGAAAUAUAAGUGUAGGUGUAGACUUGUGGAACAUAAAAUUGGAGAUGCGUGUGUGAAAUUGUAACGGAAAAUAUCCUGUUCUGUGGUGUAAAAAAUGUGAUCAGACCCAAAGAGUAUGAUCGCGCUGUUCUAAAAAGCUUGUAUGGAGGCAUGUAAAAUAUAUAAAGCGAGAGAAGGAGAUAGUCAUGUGUGUAAAAUUCAGUAUCCCUGUACGCGGCGUUUCGUCCGCAGGGAUUGGGGUUGGCAAUUGUGUGAGAAAGACAGAAUAUAGAAGCCGAUUUGGAAUAAAGUGAAGAAGCAUAAAAAUUAGCAAUAUGUGCAUAUGACUAUUGUAUAGCGUAAAAUGUAAAUUGUCUUACCAAAAUCGUUGUUGAGUUUGGUCAAUAAUUAUUACUAAUAUAGGUACAGGCCUUUGAGGCUGAUGUAGUAAAGAUAUGGGGAAAAGAAUCAAAUCUGAAAAGAAGUGGGGGGGGGGAAGAAUCAAAGUUCAUUGAAGAAUAUACACCCCUGCUAGAGAUUUGUAAAAAUUCUUUCUGUGAAUUUUAGGGGGUUCAAUUCCGCGGAAGGCCCGGUACAUAUCAGAUAGCGGAUAAGCAAUCACAAAUUAAUGAUUGAAUGUGGUAGAUAAUGUAAACUUUGCCAAGCAAACGAAUUAGAAAAUGAGGAACACUUUCUCAUUUCAUAUGAUAUGUCUAUGACGAUAUUAGGCAAGACUUCCUCACGGUUCCCACCAACAAUACAUACCAAAGAGAACAACAUUUAUCACUUGACAUAUUAAAGUCAACUGAAAAGGAAACCAUUCUAAAACUAUCCAAGUUUGUUUUUUCCUGUUUUGAAACAAUGGAUGCUGAACACUAAAAUUCAAUAUUGUCAUAUUUGACCUUUACCUUGUAAAUAGCUUCUUUACCUUAUUGUAAUGUUGUGAUAGGUAAUAUUUAAGGCCUAUUUAAACGGAUGCAACAUUGUUUUAUGUUUUAACAGCUUUAUUGAACGAUGUUCAAACGGCAAGAGUGCGAACGGGACUCGAGACCCAUGCGAGGCACUCUCCCUCUUCAAUUUAGUUUACAUCUAAUAUCAUUAUUGACGACAAUAUUAUAUAUUGGUAAACAUAUACCAGCUGAUUAUAUCAAAAUAAUUACUGACGGUCAUAAUAUAACCUAUUGUUUUCUCUCUGCAUUAUAUCAGCGAAUGUCGAGAAGUUUUAGCGUUCUUCUGAAAAACGGGAGCGGUCUUUUUUGAUUGUAGGGAAAUUUCCAGGGGUAAAUGUUUAUACGGGCUAAAAUAGCACACAGCAUUAUUAAAAAUAAUGCAGCGUGCACACAGCAUUAUUAAAAAUAAUGCAGCGUGCACACAGCAUUGUUCAGUGCACACAGACAUUAUUCGCAAUCCUUCGUCAUCCUGACAAGUACACGCGAUAACGUGAAGAACAUCUCAAGAUGAGAAGUUGACAGUGCUAAAGGCCCCUCAUACAAUAUCAUCAGGCGCCUGAAGCACUGCCAAAACGUCAUUGUGAGUCCUUUCAGCUCAACUUUAUGGAGAAAUAGUUUCGUUUGCGCUUGUGGGAUUUUAUCCUAGAUAUACGCAUGUGCAGAACACACAAUAAGUUCUAUUCCCGUGUUUAUCCAGUUUAAUACGCUCUUUGAAUUAACCUUAUCAUUAAUGAUAAUAUGUAAACUAGAACACUAUAAUUGACCUCCGCUUGUGGAGAUUUUAAUUUAGGGCGAUUAAUUAAACUGAAAUCUGUUCUAUCACGAUGCAUUACAUGCAUGUCCUCACAAAUGUCUAGUGUAACGUUGGAUAGAUUCAUUGUCAUAUGGUCCCAACAAGCAGCAACGUAGUCUUCCAGCCGAAAAUAAUUACUUUUGAUUCGGGUCAGUAAUUAUAAUCUUCGCAGUUUGGCAACGUUUAAAUCCUUCUUAUCAAAAACAUACUUCAAUUUAUUAAGUAGUAGUUUUGAUGUUGACAUAUGCUGUACGUGGUCUUUGUAUCGUAGCUGUUCAUGCCAUAGAAAUAUUUAAUUCUGAUGUAAACAUAUACCAGCUCCUCGUGUCAGGUUUUGUUUUAUUCUGAUUCAGCUUUCGAAUUUUUAACAUGGUUAUACAGAUCUGUAUUAUAUGCAUGGCUGCAAUAUAUCGAAUAAUGCCGUUGGCCUCAGUAAUUAUCUAUUAAUUGACCAUUUGCGUAAUAGACUAAAUUUUGAACUAAACAAGUCUAGACAAAUAUUCCAUCACAGCUUGAAGGAGCAUCACAAAAUUAGUAAUAUUCCAAAGUUUCGUUGCAAAAUGUUGUAAAAUGCGGAAAAUAUAGCCUUGCGAAAUUUGCAAUUUUCAGUCAUUUUAGAUUACAAACGGGAAAUCGACAGCCCCAAACCCUUCGAGGCUGUCAAUUUCCGGUUUGUAAUCUAAAAUGACUGAAAAUUGCAAAUUUCGCAAGGCUAUAUUUUCCGCAUUUUACAACAUUUUGCAACGAAACUUUGGAAUAUUACUAAUUUUGUGAUGCUCUUUCAAGCUGUAAUGAAAUUUUUGUUGAGAUCAAAAUUUAGUCUAUUACGCAAAUGGUCAAUUAGGACGGCUAUUGCACCACAUUCAAGUUAUCAUGCAUAUAAUACAGAUCUGUAUAACCAUGUUAAAAAUUCGAAAGCUGAAUCAGAAUAAAACAAAACCUGACACGAGGAGCUGGUAUAUGUUUACAUCAGAAUUAAAUAUUUCUAUGGCAUGAACAGCUACGAUACAAAGACCACGUACAGCAUAUGUCAACAUCAAAACUACUACUUAAUAAAUUGAAGUAUGUUUUUGAUAAGAAGGAUUUAAACGUUGCCAAACUGCGAAGAUCUCCAGGAGAAGCAAUUUUGCAAGUAUAAUUCCAGAGUGGAACAAUACGGUUAAAGAACGAUGACUGAAAAGUGCUACUUUUACAUGACGGAACUUUAAGCACUAGAGAAGAAUUAUUACAAUUACGGGUACGACUAUGAUUAACAAAUGACACAAAAUCGAAAACAUCCAACAUUGUCCAACAUUGUUGGACCAACAAUGUUGGACGAUUAAUUGUUGGUCAACGUGUUCAAACGGAUGCAACAAUCCAACAACUUUUAGCAGUUUAAUUAGUACAAAAUUAUGUUUGAAACUAAGAACAGUGUGACCCGUGUGUUGAUUGGACAGUAUUUACUGUAUAUUAAUUAAAUAUACGCAUAGAUUUUCAAUGUUAUUGUUUUCAUGUUUUCAAGAUGGCUGUUUUUGCUUGCUGCAUGUGAGCCUCUACAUUCUGUAUAUUUUAACAUUAUUGUAUAGAUUUUUACCUCAUUGUUAGUAUGAAUAUAGUUUUUUUAAAACUAUAAUACUAUAUCAGGUGAGGUUAUCGCAUAUUUCUUGUCAAAUUUAAAUAAUGUUAAUGGACCGAUGACGUUUAAAUAAUGUUAAUGGACUGAUUUUUCGCCAAAUGUUGGACGAUGUUGGAUGAAAAGUUUGAACAAAAUCAAACUUGGUCCAACAUCAUCCAACAUAAUGCAACAAUAUCCAAUAUGGGGUUCAAACGAACCCAACAUGUUGAACACAACAAUGUUGGAUGAUGCUGGUCCAACAUGUUGCAUCCGUUUAAACAGGCCUUUAGCCUAUAGUAGUAUGUAUGUUUAGUUAUUGUAGUUAGAACAUUAGCAAUACCUGUAAUUGUUGGUCAUGCUAAUGACUCAUUAUAAAGUAAAGUGAGUACCGUAGGGGAAUCCAAAUCCGCUAGCGGAAUGGACCGGGGGGUCCAUAUCCGCGGGGAAUCCAAAUCCGCUGUGACAGGGAAUAUUCACCGAGACGAAGUCAAGAUGAAUAUUCCCCGAUAAUCACCUCGCCUUUGGCGAAUAAUUGCUAAAUUAACAAUCAAAUUAACUAUCUAAGAUAGGUAAAGGUAUACGUUCAUACGCUGCGUCCAUACGUGUACGAAUCGUGGCUGGUGUAUGUGAAUAAGCACGCGUAUGGUACACAGUAUACUUGCAUUUCAAAUUUCACUGUAAACGAAACGAAGAGAAAUUGUGCCGUCAGCAGCAAGUUUCAUACGCCAGAAUACGAAUCGUGCACGGCAAAUCACAGCAUGUAAACGUACCUUGAGUAUUUCAAACCCAUUUGGUUGUGUGAUGCAAAUGUUUUGCAGGGGUCAUAUGUUGAUCCUAUAAAGCUAUUUUAUACUGUAUUUCUUCCAGAAUAGUGGCAGCCUUACCAACAAUAAAACAUUGUUUAACAAAUGGAGCAAACAAUGUUGUACUAAUGAGUCAUCUUGGAAGACCUGAUGGUUUAGUAAAUGAUAAAUAUUCACUCGCUCCUGUAUCUCAAGAAUUAAAGAAACUUCUAGGACAGUAAGUUAGCCUGUACACUAUUUUACUCGUGUAAGCCCCCCCCCCCCCCCUGCUUGAGCGCCUGAUCGAUUGAGCGCCGUAUAUUAGAUCAAAAUUAUUAGGGACUGCCCUUGCCGAAUAAACGCCCUACGAGGUUGCAAUCUUCAUUGCAGUGUUUUUACAUAAAUUAUUAUGUUAUAUUUUGUUGCUAAUAUUUCUUGUUAUCCAGGGUUCGUACAAAACUUGGAAAUCCUUAAAUGUCCUUGAAUUUGAAAACAAAAAUUCAAGGCCUUGAAUAUUUUGGAAUUUGUAAAGAAGUGCUUGAAUUCUUCUUGCUUUAGUUUAUGGAUAUUUUAUGAAAUUAUUUGUCCCUCCAAAACGGACAUUUUGUUGAAUUGAUCAUGAUUUUGCAUGUUCAUAUCUGACAAAACUGUUUGAAAUUCACUUAAGUUGCGUUUUGAACAAUUCAACGUGACAUUGUACUGAUUUCUAACGACUUCUGUUCAGUGUUUGAAUUUGCUGAUACAUGGUCUUGAAUAAAAAGGCCUUUGUCUUGAAUGUCAUCAAAAAGUCCUUGAAUUUGACUCUUUCUGAUAUGUACCACAGUUGUACGAACCCUGGUUAUCGCUUGCAAAUAAAAUAUAAAGGGCGCUGUCCUAGAACGAGCACCGCCCUCAAAUAACCGUCACACUAAAAAUUUAAAGAGCUCCGCGGCGCUUAAACGAUAAAUACAGUAUACGCAUGUCUUAAGUUUAUGGUAGAAUUUUUUUCAUAAAUAUUUUUAAAUAAAUUUUAAACAGAGACGUACAAUUCUUGUCGGACUGUGUUGGGUCUGAGGUAGAAACCGCUUGUGCAAAACCAGCUAAAGGUAUAGUAUAUUUCAGUCUCAGAUAUAUGAACAACUAGUUUCAUAUUAUUCUGACACUUCUGCAGAGAACAACGAAAAAUGCGUUGUUAUAUGAGCGGGAUUCAAACUCGCAUCUUCGGGUUUCUAGACUGCCGCUCCAUACCCAUUCAGCUAUCGAGUCAACGAGGAUUGGUAGCGAGCCUUAGUUAUGAAAUACAAUUUAAGUGCACGAAAUAUUUUCGCGGUGACUUAGCGCUUGUCUGGAGGACAUGCGCAGUGUUUCAAAUCUAUUUCAGAACCAUCCUUAGAGAUGUGAAAAACUAGUCUCAUAUGAAAAACAAGUUGUAUAAUAUGAAACAGUAUAUUGUGUGCCCUUUUCUUAUAAAUGAUUUUUAACUUAUUAAUUAAUUAUGAAUGAUAAUUUAUCUUAUUCAUACCAUUCCGUACCUUAAUGCCAAUGGACUUUCAAUCUUCAGUAAAAACACUAGACAACACAUUGAUCUUACUCAGUUGAUUAGUAAGAGCAACUGGUGUGUUGUCUAGUGUUUUUACUGAGGAUUGAAAGUCCAUUGAUGUGCGGAAUGGUAUGAAUGCUUAAGCGCUAUAGUAUAAUAAGUCUGGGUUCUCCCAGAACGGCAGUCAAUGGACCUAAUAACCAAAAUUUUGAUCUCAACAAGUCUAGACAAAAAUUUCACCACAGAUUGAAAGAGCAUCACAAAAUUAGUAAUAUUCCAAAGUUUCGUUGCGAAAUGUUGUAAAAUGCGGAUAAUAUAGCCCUGCGGAUAAUAUAGCUCUGCGCGGGAAAUUGAUACCGCUUUCUGAAAAAAGGUAUCAAUUUCCCGCGCGUAAUACAAAAUGACUGAAAAACGGCAAACUUCGCAGGGCUAUAUUAUCCGCAUUUUUCAACAUUUCGCAACGAAACUUCGGAAUAUUACUAAUUUUGUGAUGUUCUUUCAAGCUGUGAUGAAAUUUUUGUCUAGACUUGUCUACCUGUAGAUCAAAUUUUGUUUAUUAGGCAAUAGGUCCAUUAUGUGGUUCAUUGGUUUUCGUUUGUGAUAUUUCAAGAACUUGUUAGGUGUUAUCAAAACACGCAACAGUAAUUCUAUACUGUUUUAAAAUCAUCUUACAUGCAGGUGCCGUCAUUCUUCUGGAGAAUUUACGUUUUCAUAUUGAAGAGGAGGGUAAAGGUGUCGACAAAGAUGGCAAAAAG